AUGUCUUGCCAGUCCACUACCAACGAUAGUCACGACGAUGAUGAUGCUAAUACUACAAACAGUUCUCAUACUCUCUAUCAACUUCUAGUCGAUUGGUACUGUACAAUCAAACUUAAUAGAUCUCUCUCGUCAGCUCAGCUAACAGAUCAGUGGAUUACACUAUGGUUUGCCAAACGUGAACAGCAGAAGCUAGCAGAUCAAAAACUAAUGAAAUAUCAUUCUGCUAUCGAGUAUUUCAUUCACUUUCAGCCAAAAACUUUAAAAGAAAAGAUGGCAAUGAUUAUACUCUACGAUCAAAUAACUCGUAAUAUAUUUCGAGGCACAGAAAAUGCUUAUAAAUACGAUGAUAUAGCUCGACGAAUCGCUUUAACGCUGGUAGAAACUAUUUCUCUCUCUACUCUACCAAUUCAAUUUCUACUAACAAUUGUUAUUUGCUUAAUUCAUUCGGAACAAAUUGAACAUCAAGAUCUUGUUAAAAGUCUAAUUCAACAAUAUGUAUUGAGACAUCCAUCAAUUGAUCCAAAUCUUCUAACAUCACUGAGUGGCAUAGCAAAAAAUCAUUAUGAUCGCAUACAAUUGUUUGGGCGAAUUCCAGAAAGAAAUCGUUUUAUUGGUCGACAAUCUACUCUGACAGAGAUCUCAUUUAUGAAAGCUGUAAAUACAGAAGAAAUGUUUUAG